AUGCAGUCACUCGUUCUCCUCGGCCUGUUGGGCAGUUCUGCCCUUGCACAUCCAGCUGUUCAAAGUGCCAACAAGAAGACGUGGAAGCCGACGCUGUCCAAAAGAUUGGUCGAUCUUGACCAGUUUCGCCCAGGCACUGUUGCUAGCUACGUCAAUGCAACUGAGACUAGCUCCAGUCCAGAGACAAAGCUGAUCAAGCGUGAUGACUUCGUUGCCACUGCCACCGCACUCGUGAAGUCUAAAGUCCCUGAUACCGAGUUCCGGGUCUAUGAUAGCUACAUCAGCACAAACGGCAUUGGUCAUGUCUACUUCCGACAGACAAUAUUUGGCCUCGACGUUGACAACACCGAUUUCAACGUGAACAUCGCAAAGGACGGCUCAAUCUUCUCCCAUGGCAACAGCUUCUACACUGGGGCUCUGCCAGAGAGUAGCCCCUUGAUGAAGCGUGGCUUCAAGGACCCAGUGGCUGCUCUCAACGCCGCCAACUCCAUUCUGCAGCUGGACGUCAAGGCCGAUGGCGCUACUGCUGAAGCCAAGGACGGAGUUGAGACGUACAACAUCGUUGGCACAACGGGAGCCCAGUCCGACCCCGAGGCCCGUCUGCUGUACUUUGUCAAGGACGACGGAACCCUGGCACUGACGUGGAGAAUCGAGACUGACAUCUCGAGUGAUUGGUUACUGUCAUAUGUCGACGCUGAGACGGCCGAAAAGGUCCACGGUGUGGUCAACUACGUCGCCAGAGCCCAUGAGAAGUUGGUUCCCAAGCAGGCCGAUAUCAGCGCCACUUACCUGGUCUAUCCGUGGGGUGUCAACGACCCUGACGAGGGCAGCCGUGAGGUGGUCAAGGAUCCCUGGGUUCUCAAAGACUCACCCUUCACCUGGCACAAUGAUGGUACCAAGACUUAUGACACAACCUGGGGAAACAACGCUGCUGCCCAAGUUAACCCAACUGGUGCUACCUGCGAUACCUGCUACACGGGCAACUACCGCCCGGAGUCUCCCAAUUUCGACUUCGAGUAUGACUACUCCCCAUCCAUGGCUGACCCAGAGAGCUAUUACAACGCAUCGGUCACACAGCUGUUUUACUCGGUGAACACAUACCACGACCUACUUUACGAGCUUGGCUUCACUGAGUCGACGUACAACUUCCAAACCAGCAACGAUGGAAAGGGAGGCCAGGGCAGUGAUUUUGCAAUUGUCAAUGCCCAAGACGGGGCUGGAACUAACAAUGCGGACUUCAGCACACCUGCAGAUGGUCGCCCAGGCCGUAUGCGCAUGUAUUUGUGGACAGAGAGUACUCCAGUCCGCGACUGUGCGUUCGAGGCCGGAGUGGUCAUCCACGAGUACACCCACGGCGUUUCCAACCGGCUGACCGGCGGUGGCACUAACACCAGGUGUCUGACUGGUGUCGAGUCUGGUGGUAUGGGUGAAGGCUGGGGAGACUUCAUGGCAACUGCAAUUCGUCUGAAGGAAACCGACACGAGAGCAACAGACUACUCUAUGGGCGCGUGGGUCUACAACAACCCUGCCGGGAUAAGGGCGUACCUGUUCAGCACUGACAUGACGACAAAUCCUUACACCUACACGAGCGUCAACGGAAAGACCGAGGUUCACAGCGUCGGCACCAUCUGGACCACAAUCCUCUACGAGGUCCUCUGGAACCUGAUCGAUAAGCACGGCUUCAACGCCGCCGCUAAGCCGACUUUCGACAGUGCUGGCGUGCCUACUGAUGGACGGUACCUUGCCAUGAAGCUCGUCAUCGACGGCAUGUCUCUGCAACCUUGUAACCCAACCAUGGUCUCGGCCCGAGACGCCAUCAUCGACGCUGACUUGGCUCUGACCGGUGGUGCGAACGCCUGUGAGCUUUGGACCGGAUUCGCUAAGCGUGGCCUGGGCCAGGGUGCAGUGUACAACUCCUCGAGGAGGACUGAGAGCUUCGUCGUUCCCAGCGGCGUUUGCUAG